AUGAGCAGGGAGGCGCUACGCACGUCGGUGAAAUACGGAGAAAUAACGGCGGGCGUGAUACAUCGAUCAGUCAAUGUCGUCCCCUCGCUAGCUUCCACAGCCGGCGCCGCGCGUCCAAUCCAUCAACGCUUGACACCUCUACCGGAUGAAAACGCAAGUUUUGCAAUGACAUCGUCGCUCCCGUCGAGUGUCGAAGCUCCUAGACUAUUCGCAGCAUCAACGAUCUUAAGAGAAAUCACCCUACCCUAUAAGGAAAAGCUUUCUGAAGUAAGAAAAAAUUAUGAGAGAAAAAUAUUUACGCUGCGCGCGCACACCGUCCCUCAAGAAAGCGACAUGAUGCUUGUCUCCCGGGACAAGGAGCGGGGAGUGGGGGCAGAAUUGAACACAGAGCUGAAUUUCAAUUUAACAGUUGGGUGGCGCGGCGUCGAAAGCGAAAUAGGAAAAGGAAAUGAGGCGGACAGAUUCGAAGGUGGGAAGACGAGGGAGAGACAGCAGGAAAAUUAUGGACAAGAAAAGCUC